UUGAGAUGUCUGACAGAAAAAUCCCGACGAGGAGGAGAUGCUCAUUUCACAGCAACGCGUCAGUUUCCACCUGACGUGAAACACACCGAGCCUCUCUUCUCUUCACGCGACACACACACGCACACGCGAGCGCGCGCACACAGAGCGGAUAAAUGUGGACCGCAGUGGCACUCUCAGCGUGCCGCCUGCCGCAGACAGCGAUGCAACAGCGUCUCAUCAUCUCCUGGACCGGGUAGACAAGAAGCUGCUCCGGAGCACGUUUCCUGGUAUGAAGAAUAGGGAGCUGCUGGAGUCGUCGCGCGGGCAUGUUUGUCCUCUGGCCGUUCAGCCUGUGUGUCUCUGCUGUGCACACAGGAGGGAGAAGAAAGACCGUCUAAAAAUAAACUGACACCCACCACCAGCAGGAAAACAACAUCCAAACUGACAAAAACAGAGAAAAAGAGCAAAGAAGAGCCCUCUUUCCACCCUGUCUGCCUCUUUCUCUGCUCCAUUUCUGUUUCUGUGUCCUCAUUACGUGCUGAGAGGAGGUCAUGUCCCAGUCUGGAAAAGUCCUUCAUCUGUAUGUGGAAGUGAGGUCUGCCCCAGAUCAGAAUGGAGGAAAGAGGGAGAGUGAAGAAGGGAUUGCUCAGGGGCAUUCGGUUCAGGACAGUCCCGCGGAGCUCCUCUCUCAGCUAACGAGCCAGACGACACGCCAGAUCGUCAGCAAAGCCUCCACGGCUCGCCACCUGGCUCAGGACUGCACGCACGGCCAGUCUCCCUCUCGAAACACCGUUAGCUUUCAGCUCCAGCAAACCAGCAGCUCACCUACGAUCAGCAAGCGUUGGAGCUCACCCCUGCACUCUUCACCAGCGACCUCUUCAGGAAAAGUCAGUGUCCCUCACACCCCUCCUAUUCGCAAGAGACUUAAUGAAGAGGAAGUCAGCGACGGGAAGCGGAGUGUGGUCACCUUCAGUUACGUCGAGAAGUCAAAUGUGAAGAAAGUGGAGAGUCCACGCAACUCUGUGUGCGAGAGACAAGCCAAAGAGGAAUGGUCCACGUCUUCCAGCUUUCGAAAACGCCUCAGCGACCCAGUUUGGUUUGGGAGUCCCGAUUCAUCGUGCAGCUCCAGUCCCAAGCUGACUUUCCAGAGUCCAGGAAGUCACCAGCAGACGUUCUCCCCCGGCCUUUGCAAGCCACACUUUGACCCCAUCGGCAGGGCAGCUACCAAGAGGGCUGUAGAGGAGUUUGGAUCCCCCUUAUUGAGGAUUAAACUGGCCCACGCACUUGAGCACACCUCAGCUUCAUGCUACUACCAACAACCGCGCUGUCAGUCCUGGGCUGGAUCUCCCGUUCAGCGUCAGAACAUCAGCGUAAACCCCAAAGAUCUGGCUCCAUGUGGGCUGCCUUGGAGCCCAGCCUCAGACCAGCUAUCCUCGCAGUCCAAGCAGUCCUCGCUUGAGAGAUCUGGGCCCCCUGAGCCCCAAAGCCCUCUUCUGACUGGAAGUCCAGCUGUCAACAGACACAUUAAGAGGACCUGCAAUAUGAGCACUUCACCGCAGGGCGCAAUCCUCCAACUUGGCAAUAAUGGAGUCGACGGUUUGAACCAGUUAAGCAACAGCAAAUCUUCCUCUCCAGCUCACAGUCCUGAAGAGGCCACCAAAGCAUCUUCAGUUCUCACAGAGGCGAGGAGGUCCUCGUUGCACAAUCCUUUAGGAGAGCUCACAAGCAGCUCAAACUCUGGAGAACCCGCUCCAAAUGCACAACAGUUUAAGCAAACGCUCAGAAUGAACAUCCCUUUAAACGACCAACAACACACGCCAGCAACCGACAACACAGACUCACACCAGCCUGAAAACUCACGAUCACAAGAGACAAACUGUCACACUAAUCAUGACACAAUGCAGCAGAGCUCCAUCUUAUCAGCCACUCAGAAUUCCCCCGCCCUUCCUUCACGUGUCCUUCGUCCCUCUCAUCCUCCCACAGAGCUCAGCUCACCCAUUAGGGACCCGAGGCUAUUCCAAGCUGAGCUCCGACCACCAGAUACCCCCACCCUGCAUCGCCGUCAGCCGCCACAGUACACUGGAGACUCCUGGUCCCCAGGCCUGGACAGGAGAGGAGAUCCAAGCUGUUUCGAGAAAGGGGACUGCACAGAGCUCGCUCGCAGACUCUUUAUCAAUCAAAGUGUUGAGGAGGCGCCGGUCAGCUGGACUUCCAGGCAGGAGUGGGGGAAUGGCGUGGAAAACAGCCCCAAGCCAAGCCCCGACCCCGUAUUACAGUCUAAAAGGGUCCAAACAUCUGAUCAACAAUCCAGGCAGCGCCGCAGGCCUCUCAGCCCGACAGCACAGCAGAAGCGGGCUGAGCAGAGGAGGAGGGAGAUCCUUCUUCUGGGUCCUGUGGUGCUGGACUCUGGAGAGGAGGAUGAGGGCUGUGAUGAGGAAGAGCAAGGUAACGAGAGGGAGGGAUACGGUGCAGCACUGCAGCCUCGUUCUCGAAGGGCCGAAGAGCCUCCUGAGGGGGAGCAGAAUGGCAUUAUGGGAGGGUCGUCUUCACGGAGCUCCAGCGGGGUGACGGGGAGCUUGGGAGACAGGGACUGUGUGUCCCCAGAGUCCAGCCAGUCCAGUCACCAGAGCAAUGAGACCGGGGCUGCCACCUCAGGAAUACAGACGGACAGUGGAUGUGCAGCGCCCGUGCCCUCGCUGCACUGUCAGAAGAUCGCUCGUGCUAAGUGGGAGUUUUUAUUCGGGACCCCUGCUGAGGAGGCUGCUGGCAGGGGGGAGAAACAUUCUCCAGAGGGAACCUCCACAGCUCCUCCUAGUGGUAACUCCAGUGAGUCUCCCACCCCUACUCCGCCAUCCUCCCUGCCUCUGCUUUCAGCCAACCACGAGGUGCAGCACGUGGAGGUAGAGCUGGUGACCCCUCCCCCAGCCGUCAUAGGAACAUCGCCCAAAACGGGCAUCAUUCGCAGGACACUCAAGUAUUCAGAAACUGACCUGGACGCUGUCCCGCUUCGAUGCUACCGUGAGACGGACAUAGACGAGGUGCUGCUGGCCGAGCAGGAAGACGCCGACUCUGCAUUUGGGAGCAACCGCAGCGUGCAGGGAACCUCAGGGACGGGCAGCAGCCCUCUGGGAGGGCUGGCUUAUGGGAGAACAGAUGGGGAGGAGGAGGCGAUGAGGGAAGGAAGAGCUGUGGAGGAAGAAGGAGAAGACGAUGAGGAGGAAGAGGAAGAAGAGGAAGAAAUGGUGAGCUGGGCAAGUGUGAGGAUGCAGGGAGACAGCAGGAAGCAGCAGUGUGCAGCUGAGGAGGAGCCUGAGGUGUUUGGACACCUUCUGAAGAGACCAGUGGAAACCUUUUUCGACAACCACCAUCCAGCCUUGAAAUCCCCCAUCUUGGUAUCCGGACCCCGCCUCGCCACAGAGGACACCUUCAGCCGCCACUUUGAGAGCAUCAUGGAGUCGCACCGAGCCAAAGGGACGUCGUACAACAGCCUGGACAGCGAGGAGCUGCUCACCUCCAGCACCCACACUGUCCUGACCUUUGACCUGCCCACACUAACACCCGCUAUCCACGGCCCCGUGUGCCAGAGCGCCAGGCAGAUCGUCCAGCUCAGCUUCGCCCCGCUGGCGCACGAUGAGAGGCCCAGUCUGUCUGACUCUAUCUUUACUGUGACGGGGGACUCGGACGCCACCCGAGCUCCCUCCAGCGAGAGGCUGAGCAGCGGAUCAGAUGAUACCCCGCCCAGAGGGCAGGAGCGUUCACAGCUGGGGAGCAGCUGGUACAGCAACUCCUCCUUCUCCUUACCCAGCAGGGAGAAGGCCCGUCUAGCGACCGACUCCGAGCUGGACCAGGACCUCAGCGACAGGCUGGGCCUGGGCAGCAGUGACACCCUGACCAACGGCAGCCAUCGUGCCGAUGUGGCAGCGGCCAAACGCCUGGCCAAACGUCUCUUCAACUUGGACGGCUUCAGGAAGUCGGAUGUAGCGCGUCACCUCAGCAAGAACAAUGACUUCAGUCGCAUGGUUGCAGAAGAGUAUUUGAGUUUCUUCAAUUUCACAGGCCUCACUCUGGACCAGGCGCUGCGGACUUUCCUCAGGCAGUUUGCGCUGAUGGGGGAGACGCAGGAGAGGGAGAGGGUGCUGUCACACUUUUCCAGGCGUUACUUGGACUGCAACCCAAAAGUGAUACCAUCAGAAGAUGCAGUUCACACUCUCACCUGUGCCCUGAUGCUGCUUAACACUGAUCUGCAUGGUCAGAACAUUGGCAAGAGGAUGUCAUGCACACAAUUCAUUGGCAACCUGGAAGGACUGAACGAUGGCCAGGAUUUUCCCAAAGAACUGCUCAAAGCUCUCUACAACUCAAUCAAGAACCAGAAGCUGCAGUGGACAUUGGAUGAGGAAGAGCUGCGGAAGUCGUUUUCAGAGCUCGGGGACAGCCUGUGUGACUCCAACUCCUCCAGAUCGAUGAAGAGGGUAGGCAGCAGCGGGAAGCCCCUGUCGGAUGAGUUGCAGCCCACCGGAAUGCUGCUGUACAAGAACGGAUUCCUGGUUCGCAAAGUCCACGCCGACUCAGACGGAAAGAGAACACCGAGAGGGAAGAGAGGGUGGAAGACUUUCUAUGCCAUCCUUAAAGGGCUAAUCCUCUACCUGCAAAAAGGGGAGUACAGGCCCGAUAAGCAGCUCUCUGAUGAUGACCUGAAGAACGCCGUGUCCAUCCAUCACUCUCUGGCAAUGAAAGCUUCAGACUACAGCAAGAGACCCAACGUGUUUUACCUGCGGACGGCGGACUGGAGGGUGUAUCUCUUCCAAGCGCCGAACGCGGAGCAGAUGCAGUCUUGGAUCACACGGAUCAACACAGUGGCCGCCAUGUUCUCAUCUCCUCCUUUUCCAGCAGCCAUCGGCUCGCAGAAGAAGUUCAGCCGGCCACUCCUGCCGGGGACGAUGUCGAAACUGUCCGAGGAGGAGCAGGUCAGGUCCCAUGAAGCUCGAUUCAGAGCCAUCUCCACUGAACUGGCUGAGCUGCGCUCUUAUCCACCUGACCGCAAGGUGAAAGGACGCGAGCUGGAAGAAUACCGCCAGCGAGAUGAGUACCUGGACUUUGAGAAAACGCGGUACGGGACCUACGUCAUGUUGCUGCGAGCUAAAAUCCGAAGCGGCGAGGAAGACCUGUCUGUAUUCGAGUCUCAGCUUCUGGAGGACAACGGGCUGCAGAGGGCUCACUCCAGCCCCACGCUGCAGGACAGCAGCCAGGCCAGCCUGGCCAGCAGCACCAGGGACGGCGGCAACAGCAGCAAAGCCAGCGGCUGCAGCAGCAAGCAGCGGCAGGAAGGCCAGAGACACAGCUACCGACAGGCCGUCAAGAAGUGAGACGAGGCGGGGGCGCCGGGAGCGGCACGGCGUUGCACUGCCAGCGGCAGGCUGUCUCCCUGCAGAGGUUUUGUUUGGAGCUCUGCUUGAAGGGGGGAGCAGGAGUGAGGGUCUAACCCACGCCUUCCCCCAAAACACGAGGCCCUACCCGGCACCCCAAUCUUCUCAUCUAACCGAGGAGGUGCAGAUCCUGUGACUGGCAGACAGGCUAGUGCAGGAGGUGGGAGGGAGCGCUGGGAGGUCACGGAUCUGCAGACGAGGUGUCUUUGAGAACGUACGCUGGGUGCCGCAGCAGACUGUGAGGCAGAGAGGCUGCUUACGGAUCGGACGGGGCAGCGCACAGGGACCUACAUCCAGCAUCCUUUCCUUUUUUCUUCCCCUUUUGUUCUUUCAAGGCACCUCCGGCCGCGUUCUCACACCUUUUUUCUUGACCUUACACUCCGUUUUUUGGGACCAAACAUGUUUACACACACUUUGAAUUGUCAUCACAUUAUAGACGACUGAUGAUUUGAUUUCUGUUGAAUUUCUGCCGCUGCUCUUGAGGUGAAGCGCUGUAAUAAUAAUUAAAAAAAAACAAAAAACUUAGGAAACAUCACCAGGUCUACGGAGCCAUUACAUUCCAGCUCCUUUUUUUUCCACCACGGUGUGUUCACAUUCCACACAGGAGCUGCAAAUUCCAGCUUUCAGCUCCUGUAUGUUUCGCUGAAGGUGGUUCCCAGUUAAAUAAGUGUGUGGCUGCAGUAUGCGACGUGGCCGCUGCGUACAGCUCGUCUUUCCUCCUUUCUCUAGCCGCUGACGGCCAACUAGAGGUGACGACGUCAGCAGGAGUUCACAGUCCUCCUGAUAUGCAGCCGAACACUGCAUGACACAAAGAGAAAGAGGUCUUUUUCUUUUUUUUUUUGCUCUACUUGAACUCGAGCAUCUCUUGCUUUUUGCUUCUGUCCUGUGAUGUGCUUAUGUUCUCUUUCUUGGCCGAAUGUUGUUUUCUGCAGUGAUCCGCAUGCCUGCAUCCAGCACUGCUUCUUUUAGGGCUUUUUACUACUUUGAAGGCAAAAAUCUGAGAGCGGAGAAGCUGCUCUCGGUGAGGGGUGGGGAGCAGGUUCGUUCAGUCACUCUCCUCAUGCCAGUGCCAUACCCAACACGUGUAAUCUUCAUCUGUACUUAUAAACCCGACUCACUGGACAGACCCUGAAUGUUCUUUGUUUUUCGAUAUUUUUACAGUAUUUUACAGUCAUUUGUUGGUGUUGAACUUCAUGUGUAUGUCAAGUGUAUGAUGAAAUAUCUCUUUGUAAACAUCCAGGAUAUGUUGUAUAUAACGCACCAUAUAUUGUAGUAUAUAUGACAGUAUAUUUACAAUAUAUUCAGCACACUCAUGAGAAGCUGCAUUGGGUAUACACACACACAAGUCUGGAAAUCGCUACUUGGUAAUCACAUUAUUUUAUUUUUUCUUACAAACUUUAUGAAUAUUAUCAAAAUAAGUCUAUCAAAGAUUAGUAAGGGGGAGUUUUUUGCAGGAUUUUAGUGUAAAAAGAAAAUUCUUGUGAGGAUUUAAGCUCCAGUGGGAACUACUCCAAAGACAGAUCAUGCUCGAGGUUCUUUGAGAGUCAGCAGCCAGCUUGGUAACACCCCCCCGGGCAGUUUAAUUAAUCCCCCCAAAUAAAAUGAAUUAGGGAGAGAGCCUUAACUCUGAUUUAGUGGUCUCUGAGACGCAUCAACUGGACUUUUAAAGAAACCGGUCAAAAUAUUAGGUUUAACAGUUACACUCCUUCUACCCAACACUGUUAACAUCUCUGUUUAACCCACCAUAGACUUACGCUGUCAAUACCAUAAGCCAAGAAAAGUACUCUCCUCUUUUCUACGAUGAAGAGUACGGUAGAUAAACUCGCCACAACACCGAUGAAAUUUUGCAGAUCCAAAGAUCUUCUAAAUACUUGAACUCAUAGUCUCUGCACUUCCUGUUUCAUAGGGGCACUUGUGAGAUAAUCCAUGAUGAUUGGGGAUCUACGGAGGCCAAAACAGCAAAUUUUGUGGUGUAAACAUUUGUUAUUGUUAUGUUUUUGAAAGAAGAGAUUAAUCUAUAGUUCAGUUUUUUACUAUUUUUAUCUUAUUAUUUUUUUUUUAUUAGAGAUGUAAAAACUACCCUGAGUCACUUUAUGGAAUCUGUGAAUUUGAUUUCAAACAGGAAGCCUCUAAAAUGGGUGCCGUCAGACUAGAGUGACUGCAGCGUGUCUGUGGUGAAUCCUUGUCCCACCAAUCAGCAUGCGUUAGCAAAAUGUCAGCAGUUAAUUGACAGUUUUAGUCUUUCUGGAAAAAUAAAUUGGAAGCAUAUUUUAUUUGCAGACAUGUUAUCUGUACUAUAUUUCUAAAAACUAAAAGAAGUGUGUUUUGUAUUUUCCUUUGUCUAGAAGCAAGUGUACAUAUUAAUUUUACCUCUAAUUCAUUAAGGACUUUCUCAAGAGUGCCCCUUCUGCAUUCCUUCCUGAAUCGCAUCAAAUUUCUCUACAGGAGUAUUAACAGAAAGUGGAAUAACUCCCCCAGAUCAGCUCUGCAAUCUAAAUGAAAGGAUAAAGGGCUUUAAAUUUAAUAAUUGCGUCACAGAGACAGAAAAACUGGAUAUUUAGUCAAAUCUCAUUUUGAAAAAAUGCUUCAAAAGUUUGGCGACUUUACACUUCACUUCAAAAAGGGCUCAAUCCAAAAGUGCAAAAACAAAAACAAAAGUCUUUGAUUAUCCUAACAGAGCACUGAAUAGCACUGCAAGUGCUCACACAUUUUUCUACAAUACAUAGAAGAUAAACCUCCUGCCAGGAUACAGCUGAAACAGCAGCAAAACUUUACCGUUAAUAUGUGUGAUGCAACAAAACGAUUGGCUCGUAUCUCUCCGGGGACUCUGAGUGCCACGGCUUCUCUCUCUUAUAAUGUCUCAUUGUUUGCCAUGAGCUAAUGGCACGAUUCAAACUGGAUCAGGGCUGAUACUGUUGUAAAAGAUGCAUGGAAAAAAGAAUGAAAACAGAAUGUAAAAAAGAAGAAGACAAAGAAACUCCUUAUUCAGGAGUGAGUGUGAUUAUGUGUUUGUGUGUGGGCGGACUGAUCUAAUUAUGGAACCACAUAAUGUUUGGUAGCCAUAUACACUUCAUAGCAUUAUUAAUGCACAGCCAUUUAUUACUCAGGCUUUAAAACGACACCUUGAGCAGCUGCAGUGCCAGCGUCCAACCAGCAGGGAGAGCUGUCAGCAUUCACCCAUGUUCUUUCAGCCAUAAUCACACCUGCUGCACCUGCAGUGAAUAUGCACGGCGUCACCCGCUCGCCUGAGCAGGUUGGUGGGGGCGGGUAUUGCAGGGCUAAAUGAGAUAGGACCUGUUUGUAUUGUAACUACGGAUGUCAAGUCUGAGUGUGUUUUGGGAGUGUGUGCUUAUGUGAAAGGCUGCAGAGAGCCUUCCAGACCAUCUGACUUUUAUCCAGCGCCAAAUGUGUUGUUUAAAGCUGUACAGUUUCUAGAACAGAUGAUUGAAUAUUCAGGCUAUUCAGAAGUUAAAUAGUUCAGAAAACCUGAGCGUGUCACGGUGUAAGUCUGUUAAUCAUGUAGAUACCUGCAGCGUAAAGCUGAAUCUACCCAGAAUUUUUGGUUAUUGACUGUCAUGUGAGUCAUUUUAAGGCAGCAUCCUCCCCAGAAGUCAUCAGCCUUUAUGUCUUUUCUUUGUCUUAUGUGACACUUUUACUUGCUUUGGGGGCUUUUUGUAAGACAGAAGAAGCAGUUUAAAGACAUUUAUGCCCAAUUUUCAGCAGCUUAUUUCAUUUAAAGCUCAUUGCCUGCUUCUCUUGUCUGCACCUUUGCGCGCUGGUGGUAUUAAAAGGUUUUAUGUGUAUAUUGUUGCCAUAACUGACCUCCUGUACAUUUCGUGUAACUUUACAGACUUUAUACUUGUGUGUUAUUAGUAAUGUUUGCUGUCUGUUAUGUGGCCAAACUGUCAAUAAGCAGCCAGACUUACAAUGAGUACCUUAACACUGACCUAUUCUGCUCAUUUAAAGCUAUAUAUCUUCAGUCUUAGACUUAACUAGCGUAGCUUUGCAUGAUCCAGAGCUCAACAAUAAUCCUGGUUUAGCUGAUACUGGGCCCUUGGGGAGGAAGGCAUCUUCUGUCUGAAAAUAAAACAGUUUUAGACAAAGGAUACCUUCCUCCUUAUUGGUUGCCUGUCGUAACACUUUAUGCCACAGCAGGUGGGCGGGGCUUCUGUGCUCAGAUCACCUCAUUAGGAAUCACAGAGUUAAGAGUAUCAGCAGCCACUUUGGAUUUGGUUGAUUUAUACAAAUAAUGGCCGAAAUAUUUUGAAACUAUGUCCGUGUUUGAUAUGAGCAUCUAUCAUUCAAACAGAAUAUAAAUAACAGUAAAUAAGGAAAAGCAUAAUAGGUCUACACAGAUAAAAUGUGAAAACACUUGUCAGAUUUUAUCUUGAAAACCUACAUCUCUUGUUAUUGCAUACACAAGAAACUGUUAUCUAUGUUACCCUAAAAGUAAAUGUUUUUUGUGUGUGAGUCUGUGUUGACAUCGUACGUGUCUCAUAACAAGCAGCCAAACUGCACAUGAAUUUUGUGCUAUUUUUAUAAAGAUGUAUUCAAAUUUCUGUUUUCUCUGUCAACUGCUGCUUCUGAUGUCUAGGCUCAAAUAACAGGAGAGCUGAAGGAAAUUUCACUUUUUAAAUGUGAGGAUUUUCUGCUUUGGAAAUCUCUUUGGGUUUUAGAGGGAAGAGUUUUCAAUAGCUUUUUCGUACCUUUAUGCUAAUAUUUUAUGAUAUGCCCUCAAAUGGUUGAUCAGAAAUUCAAUCAGAAGCUCUCCAUUUUUUGCUUAGAGGCCAGAUUACCCUGUUAAUGGUGCAAAUUCUCCAAUAUAUGAGUAUAAUAAUGAAACACCUGGAAGCUCGUGGGUUUGGGGACUCUUGGGGCAGUGGCCCAUUCAACCUAAUUUUGGUAAUCCAGCACUGCUGUCUGCACAACAUAACAAUAAAUAUCAUCUUUUUCAAGUUUUAGGGCUCCACAGACUCGAUGCAAAAACAUUUAUAUUUUUAAAUAUAAAUGACAACAUGAUUUGACCUGUUAGAGCAGCAGGGCCCUGGGCGGUCACCCAACUGAUCCUAAACUGGUUCUGGCACCAGAUUUAAACCAAAAUUAACCCUUAACCAAGCAACAUAUCAGCUGCAUGCCUCAUCUGAUGCCUUAACCCGGGCAGCCUUUCAUUCAAUCAACAAAAACAGUGCUGACAUUCAAAAGAGUUUAAUAGUUGAAAGGUAACUAAGAAUUAAACUCGGUUUGAUUCGAUGUUAGUUAUAUAGUACCAAAUCACAACAACAGUGGAAAGGAAAAACUGGCAAACGUGGCAAGGAAAAACUCCCUUUUAACAGGAAGAAACUUAGAGGGAGAAGAGCAUAGGGAGGGGCGGCUAUCUGCUGCAACCGGUUGGUGGUGAAUCUUAAACUCAUAAAAUCUCUUUCACAAGAGUGUCCUAGGCCAGCUUUGACCUCAAAUAUUAGCUCAAUGUUACUUUACUGAGGUCGAACUCCUCUAUCAGCUGCUGUGUUUUGCUAUCGUUAAUGCAGUUAUCGGUGCACAUAGCCUCCAUACUAUUGCCAACUCUGUGGCCAGAUCAGUUUCACCAUUUAUUAACCGACUGUUUGGGGGAUAUAAAGAGCUGCACUGAAGUGCGAUCCAUAAAGUGCCAAAGCCAAACCAACAACAGCGAGAGCAGUCACUUAAUCGUCUGUGGCUUUAUAUGCAGUACAGAUUUAAAGAAGUUUAGAGUCUUCACUGUAUCUCAAAGUUUUCCCCUUCCCACCGCCUCUCUCCAUGUGUUCUCACCACUCACAUACAUCACAGAGCAGCAGCUGGUCCUCCAUGGCACUGGUUAGCAUAGAAAUGCCUGGUUCCCCUUGAUGACGCCUGCGUGAUACUCAUGUCAAAGUGUUGCACCGUGUUCACAGACGUAGGAUAUCUGCAGCUCAAACUGUCUCUUCAGCGUGCACUUGUACAUCACAGCCUCAUUUCUGAAUGUAAAUAAAGCAUGAGAUAUUACGGCCUGCUUUCAUUUAUAUUAUGAUUAGAGUAUUAAAAGAAGGCUUAAUAUAUAAGGUAGGUCAGCAUUUUUUCCUGUCCUUGAGCUCAUGGUCAUUUCUCUCUUUUUGUUUUUAAUCAAUGUGAAUGAAGGGAAUGGCUAUAUUUAAUGCUGUUGUAUGCUGUCGUGUUUUAGAGACUUGAGCCAGCUCAUACGAAUCUUUUUACAUGUAGAGGUCUGGUCUGAUCCGUCUCAGUGUUUUUUAGACUGGUGCAGAUAAGGCGAUGUUCAUUUUAUGCUAUACAUACAGUGAGCUACAUGUGUCACUGCCUUGUUAUAACUCACCAAGGAAAUGUUGUUUGUGAGCUUCUCACUUUGAGAAGCAUAGGAGAUAAAAUAAAAGUGUUUUGAAAGGUUUA